AUAGAAACUCAUCCAAAAAGAAGAAAAACAAGAAGAAAAAGACAAAGGCAUGGAUCCCACAAUGGCAGGAAACGUAGCCGAAGGAAACAGAAACAUCGUCUGUCAAUACAAAGACAACGUUGCCACAUUCGGAAUCUUGAUCAGCCGCAAUCCAUUAAACUUCUCCCUUCCCCUCAUCCUCCUCCAGCUUGCCGCCAUCUCCCUAGCCUCAUUGCUCAUCGAAAUCUUCAUCCGCCCCCUCGGCCAGUCCUCCAUCGUCGCGCAAAUCCUCGGCGGCAUUUUGUUCGGACCUUCGGUGCUCGGGCACGAGGGCAUCUUGGGGUCCAUCCUGUUCCCGGCCAGAAGCAUGCUCACGCUCGAGACCGCGGCCGUGUUUGGCAUCAUGUUCUUCCUCUUCGCCAUCGGAGUCCGCACCGACACGAGGAUGAUGGUCAGGCCGGAGAGGCAGGCUGUGGUGCUCGGCUUCUCGGCCAUCUUGGCGACGCUCGUGUUCUCGUUGUGGCUGACAAUCUUCCUCUCCACCCAUGUCGCCAUGGACAAGUCACUAGCCAAGGCCCUCCCCUUCUUCGGGGUCGCCCAGUGCCUCACCGCCUUCGCCAACGUCUCGUGCCUCCUCAUCGAGCUCAAGAUGGCCAGCUCCGACCUCGGCCGCAUCGCUAGCUCCACGGCCAUGUUCACCGACCUCGUCGGGAUGUGCCUCUUCAUCACCAUGGCGGGCGUGCUCCAAUCCGCCUUCGACGUCAAGAAAUCGGUCCAAUCGCUCGGAUCGGCCUUCCUCUUCGUCUGCAUUAUGGUUCUCAUCAUUAGGCCUCAGAUUCUCAAGUUAGUGAAGAAAAUCCCCGCAGGGAAGCCAUUGGGGCAUAACCAUGUCUUCAUCUGUUUCACUUGCAUUCUCAUUGUUGGACUCAUCACUGAGGUGAUCGGGCAGCACUUCAUGCUGGGGCCGCUCGUGCUCGGCUUCAUCACCCCGGACGGGCCGCCUUUAGGCGCCCCGAUGAUCUCGAAGCUCGACCUCCCUAUCGGGAAGUUCCUCUACCCGACCUUCCUGACCACAAGUGGCAUCAAGACAAACAUCUUCACCAUCAAUCUCCGGAGCUUUGCAAUCUUGGCAUUUGUCAUCACUUCCUGCUGCAUCACUAAAAUUUUGGCCAUUAUGAUCGCCUCCAGAUUCUGUAACAUCGGGCUACAAGACUCCGUCGUCGUCGGCCUUGUAUUGAACGCGAGGGGCAUCUCCGAGCUCCUCAUGUUCAAUCUAUGGCGCGACGGCGGGAUCCUUACGGAUCAGGAGUUCGCCCUCAGCGUGAUCUCCGUCGUCGGCGUGAUGGCGGUGAUCACGCCGCUGAUCCGGCUUCUCUACGACCCGACCCGGCGGAUCAUGCCCACGAAGCGGAGGACUAUCCAGCACUCGAAGCACGAGGCCGGGCUGCGGAUCUUGCUCUGCAUCCACAACCAGGAUAACGUGCCGACGAUGGUCAACCUCCUCGAAGCUUCCAACGCGACCGAGAUGAGCCCGAUAGGGGUUGUCGCGGUGGUCCUCGAGGAGGUCGUGGGCCGGAUCACCGGCAUGCUGGUCUCGCACCAGACGACACGGUCGCUCGACCCGAACAGCGUGAGGUCGAACCAGAUCGUGAGCGCGCUCCGCCAGUACGAGCUCUACAACCAGACGUGCGUGACCAUCCAGCCCUUCAGCGUCGUGUCGCCGCUGCAGACGGUGCACGACGACAUCUUCCGGGUGGCAAUCGACGAGAGCGCGACGGUGAUCAUCCUCCCCUUCCACAAGCACUGGGAGAUCGACGGAUCCAUCGGGUCCAUCAACAAGUGCGUGCAGAGCAUGAACGUGAAGGUGCUCGAGCACGCCCCCUGCUCUGUGGGGAUCCUCGUCGACCGAGGGAUCCUCACGGGGCAGCUGUCCGUCCUCAGCAGCCAGUUCGUGUACCGUGUGGCGGUCAUCUACAUCGGCGGGGCCGACGAUGCCGAGUCGCUCUGCUACGGGGCCAGGAUCGCGGGGCACGACAACGCGACGCUGACCGUGAUCCGGUACCUCCUCUACGGCUGCGAUUCGGCGCGCGAGCGGAAGCACGACAACUCCCUGAUCGACGAGGUGAGGCAUCAAAACAUCGAGAACCAAAACUUCGUUUAUCAGGAGCAGGUGGUGAAGGAUGGGGUGGGGCUGGCCUCAUCCCUCAGGGCGAUUGAGAACUGCUUUGACUUGUUGAUUGUGGGGAGGAACCACCAGUCCCAGAUACUGCUGGGCCUCGGGGAGUGGAGCGAGUGCCCCGAGCUCGGCGUUGUCGGGGACAUACUUGCGGCGCCGGACUUCGGGAGCACAGCAUCUGUGCUGGUGCUGCAGCAGCAGAGGAUGAGAGGGGGAAAGCUCAUUAAUCGGGUGAUGAAGCAAGGAAAGGAUUCCAUACAUGGAUAUUACUAGUUUUAUUAUCUCUUUUUGUACAUACUUUUGUAGAAAAUCAAAA